GUUUGAAGUUUCCGGAUAAACGCCCGCGAGUAAACAGCCAGGUAGCCAAAUGGCUGAAAAAUUAUAGCAUGUGGCAGUUCCAUGGAGAAGAAAAAUAUUGAAUUAUUGUGGCUCAUAAUUCCUAUAUCAGUUACUCUAACCAGUUAUGUAAACUAGGUGUAGAGGUGUGUUGUGUCACCGCAUGCACAACAGGUAGUCAGACAGAGGUUGGCAACCAAAGCAUUUGUCUAACUAUAAAUCAGAGUAUAUAUGCUAUACAGUAGGAGGGAUAAUUAUGAAUGGCUUCGCAGUUGCAAUUUUUCUUCAGGUCAUGCAUCAGACCGUUGCAGCAAAUGGGCGCUCGGAUGAAACUACUGUAGCUGGAACACUGGGAGAGAAUAUUAUACUUCCGUGUUGGAACACUGCGACCAAUGUGACCCCCUCAUUCACGCGAUGGAUGACGAAUGGCCAGUUUACCAUUGAACGCAAUCAUUCCAUUAUAAUUCCAAUAUUCCCAAGUGAAGGGCACCUGACCAUACUGUACAAUCAAAGCUUGUACAUCAACAGAAUUAAUCUAUCAGAUGAGGGGACCUAUCUCUGUGAUUCUUUACCCCAUAACAACAAAACUCAAACAAGUCUCACAUUGCAAAUAGUCAGUGGUCCUGACAAUAGCAUCAUAGACAUCCAGCCAGCCACGCCUCUUUCCAACGGAACCCUCUUUGUUGUCAGGGGUUCCACGGUGUCAUUCAACUGUUCCAGCUUGUCCUACCCCUCCCAGAGCCUGUCCUGGGGGUUUCAGGGUGUGGCGUCCAGUAAUGACUCUCUGGCGGUGGGCAGUGGGUCGUGGCUGGACUUCAGGAUAGAGGAUGUUCAGCCCACAGCUCAGGGGAACUACAGCUGCAGAGCCCAGAACUCAAUCUCCCAGAAGGCUGCUGGCUCUAGCACAGAGCUGCUUGUAUACUAUUCCCCAGAGAGGCACCCAGAGUGUCUGUGGAACGCAGGGAAGGAUCCGUCCCAUGUCCAAUUCAGCUGUAGCUGGUUUGGAGGCUACCCCUCUCCCACGUUAUUCUGGGGGGAGAAGCAUCAGACGUCAGGGAGCCAUGGGAAGCAGGUGGCUGGACAACUGAUGGAGUCGGAGGAGACAGAUAAUCUGGUGGUGAAUCUGAACAGGUCAUUGUUGUUCGAUGGGCAGAUGCUGAAGUGUAAUGGGCAUCACCCUACGAUAAGUCCAGGAGAGGAUAAGUUCUGCUCCUUCACCCUGAAGUCCCCCUAUCCUGAAGGGGAACCACUAGUCACAGCGGUAGAAGGAACCAACGUGACAUUAACGUGUACAGAGUCCAACUCCCUGCCUCCAGCCCUCACCAGCUGGCAGAGGACAGCCCAGCAGGAGGACGUAAUCUCCAGCCCUAAGUACGUCCUGUCAGAGCAGGGCCCCACCUUCACCCUCACUAUAGUCAACAUCACCAAGCAGGACGAGGGCUUCUACUUCUGCAGGAGCGAGAACCCACUGAUGGUCCGCGAGUUGGAGAUCUAUUUAACAGUUAAAGCCACCUCUCAAUACAGUGGAGCAAUCAUAGGGAUAUUCCUAGCUAUUUUGAUAGUAGGAUCUGGGAUUGUUAUUGCUAAAACAAUAUACUCCAACCGUGACCGAAUAUGCCUGGGUAAUGGAUUUGAGCAAAUGGGGGAGAGAGGAGAUGUGUUGAGCCUGGUAGAGGCAGAUGAAGAGGAGGUGUUUCAUGAAGCUAUACCCAGACUUCCACCUCUGCCUCUGACCAACGGACACAAUACUACACUUGUAGAGAUACACACAAUACCACCCAUUGACCACGAAGAUGCAGAAAUUCUUGAACAUCCAUUACAGCUAGAAGAUAGAGAUAUCGAUGAACUUGUCACGUUUUAGGUGUUGUAAGACUUAAAGAAAACGAUUUUGUUGUGUGUGUAAUGAUUGGUGGUUGGUUUGUACAGUAUGUAGAUACAGUAUAUAGGUUUGCUUUUUACCACCCAUUUAACCUUUGUUUUGUUUUAGCUUCAGGCUUAUUGGGUGAUAUUUAACAUGGUUAUUUCAAUUAAUGGUUGCCAUUAGCCUCAUUUAAAUUACAUAUUUGACAAUAAUGUAACAUUUUGUAUUUCUCAAACACCAAAUUAAACCUGUUUUUAAAAAAUAAAAAUAAAAAAGGCAGGGAUGUAGUUCUCUCUCUUGUUUUUAUAUACAAUUUACAAGUUUGAACGCGUAGGUUUAUCAGGGCCUAGUUUUAACAAAUGGAUUUCGAUAGGAUUAAAUCCAUAGAAAUAGAACGGAAGAAUCGGUAGGCAGGUUCCGUUGACCCAGGUUUAUUAGACAAGCAAUGUUAAAAAAAAAAAAAAUGUUCUAGAUUGACAACUUUUGUAUUCGUUCGACGGGAUUAUUUUUUUUAUCAAACUUUAACACGACAAAUGAUGGAAGCUGUAUUUUUUUCGAAUAAAUGAUGAUUGGCGAUUCAUAUUUUGAAGAUACGUGACGUCAUCACGUAACUAUAAAGCUAUACUCCACAUUUUUUUACGUGUAUUUAUAUUUAACCUUUAUUUAACUAGGAAAGUCAGUUACGAACAAAUUCUUAUUUGCAUUGAGGACCUACCCUGGCCAAAUCAUUUGGGCCAAUUGUGCGCCGCCCUAUGGGACUACCUAUCACGGCCGGAUGUAAUACAGCCUGGAUGUAACUAAAUGUUUACUGUUUGCAAAAUCUUUUUUUCUAUAAAACAUUUUCUUUACAGGAACAAGAUUGUCCCGACUUUAAAGAACGCCUUGCUUUUCUGGUUGGCUGGCAAGUUUCACUAUCCGAUUACUUCAGAUGUACAUGAGCGCAGACCGUGGCGAUGCGUUGGCACUCGUCCCAGAAAUAUAUGAUUCAGUUAUUAUUGCGUUGUGGCUUUCGCGGGCAACAUGAAACAGAUAGGUGGGAGGACAUACAGGCUGUCGCCAAUUUAUUAAUGCGUAAUUUACCUAAGUGGGUAAUGGAAACACUUCAGCCACUACAAUUUGUAUUCCACACUAGGUUUUUGUGAAAACAUGUUUGGGGUGUGAGUGACGUCACUACGGUUUGGUUGACACAAGAAGCUUUCACGCACCCUAGCAGGCAAUUGUCGCAUUUAUUUUCUAUGCGAACAUUCUAAACGUCGACAACAACAAAAAUCACUGGAUAAGUAAUGGCAACAUAGCAAGUGAUUUGAAUGGGGACAGUUGUUCUAUUCAUUAUAUUUUACUAUAUUACUAUGCAUUUAAUCCUAUCCGAUAGCCGAAAUCCAGAUAGAUCAUUAUUUAAAACUUGUUCACUGUAGAUCAAACAAAUCAGGGACAAAUCAAUUGUACGUAAUAGAAAACAAGAGUACAUGUGCUACGGUAGCCAAUCAGGAAAUCUGUACUGUACAGGAAAUAGAUAAAUUAUUCUCCUUUUACUAAAAAACACGCAAUAAAACAACAACAAUUAGGAUAUUUUACAUCAUUUAGCGAUCUAAAGACAUGAUGGGCGCUCUGUUUUCCUCUUAUUGACUGGAAGGCAUUGUUAGAUAACCAGGAAGUCAGUUAAGAACAAAUUCGUAUUUACAAUGACGGGCUACCAGAAGGCAAAAGGCCUCCUCCGGGGACGGGGGCUGAGAUUACAAAUAUAGGACAAAACACACAUCACGACAAGAGAGACACCACAACACUACAUAAAGAUAGACCUAAAACAACAACAUAGCAUGACAUGAACACACAGCAUGGUAGAUAUUGGAGCUGAGAUCCGCCCACCCUCAAUCCCAGUUCGCCUGAUCUAUGAGACACGGGGUAGUGUGGGUGGUCGCCAGUGGUGUAAAGUAUUUCUGUAAAAGUACUACUUAAGUCGUUUUUGGGGGUAUCUGUACUUUACUUGACUAUUUAUAUUUUUGACAACUUUUACUUCUACAUUCCUAAUGAAAAUAAUGUACUUUUUUAUUCCAUACAUUUUCCCUGACACCCCAAAAUACUCGUAACAUUUGGAAUGCUUUGCAGGACAGUUCACACACUUAUCAAGAGAAUAUCCCCUGGUCAUCCCUACUGCCUCUGAUCUGGCACUCACUAAACACACAUGCUUCGUUUGUAAAUUAUGUUUGAGUGUGUCCCUGGCUAACCGUGAAUUAAAAACAAGAAAAUCCUGCCGACUGGUUUGCUUAAUAUGAGGAAUUUGAAAUUAUUUAUACUUUUACUUUUGAUGCUUAAGUAUAUCUUAGCAAUUACAUUUACAUACAUACAGAAAUGUACACAUACUUUUAGACUUAAGUAGUAUUUUACUGGGUGACUUUUACUUGAGUCAUUUUCUAUUAGGGUAUCUUUACUUUUACUCAAGUAUGACAAUUGAGUACCUUUUCCACCACUGGUGGUCGCCUGGCUGCUUCAGUAUGGUAUGCAUGUAUGGACUUUAAAGACAGGACUGUAAAUAUUCCUUCCUUUCGUUCUUCCAUUCUCCAUUGCUUCCUCUCCUCUUUCCUGAUUUGAAAGUAUUGAUGAUGUUCAUCAGCACCUCUGGAGAUUAUUAUUAUUUUUUUUGUUUGUUUACUGUCAAUAAUGCUUAAUUGUCUGUAUAGAGUCAACAAGGUUGCUAUUCCACCGGAGAGCAACAGACAGGACAAGAGCCUGAACUGUGAUCAGACAGUGUGGGGUCUCACGUUUGGACCCCGUCCAUCAAAAACACCAACCCCUGGUGAUUAAAGCAGCCUCCAAUGAGAGAGAAUCAUCCAGACUGCUUCUGGCCACUGGACAAUGGAGUCAUCAAGAUAUGGGAUGUUGCAACUGGUCGGACAUCUUGCUGUGUUUGUUAUGGAGUUGAGGCUAAUGUUUCAUUUGAUGAUAGCACUUUUCAUUGAACCCCUAUUUUGAAUAGAUUAUCAUAUAAUUGUAUAAAGAUCGAUAACUAAAUAUGAAUGAAUGUUCCUUCAAGCUGUGUUUAUUUCACUCCUAACUGAAGCUCACCUUGGUAUCUUCCUCUGGAGAUAACACCUUAAUGAUAUUGCAUUUAACCCAGAAGGUCAGACAUUUUUAUAUCUAAAAAAUAUAUAUUAAUCCAAAGAGCUUUUCUCCGUCUCUUUUUUUCAAUUGUCUAUCUAAAUUCAUGGAUAUUUUUUAUUGCACAUGGAAAUAAUCUUGAACUGCUCUAUACUUACCUGCUUCUCCACCUUCCAUAAGUCAAAAAUAGCCACAUCGUCACUGGCUACAAGGACUGGAUCAGCCACUGACUGACCUCACUGGCUACAAGGACUGGAUCAGCCACUGACCUCACUGGCUACAAGGACUGGAUCAGACACUGACCUCACUGGCUACAAGGACUGGAUCAGACACUGACCUCACUGUCUACAAGGACUGGAUCAGCCACUGUCCUCACUGGCUACAAGGACUGGAUCAGACACUGUCCUCACUGGCUACAAGGACUGGAUCAGCCACUGUCCUCACUGGCUACAAGGACUGGAUCAGACACUGUCCUUACUGGC